AUGAGAGCAGGAGGUUGUACUGUGCAGCAAACUCUAACUGCGGAGGCUGCAGGUGUAGUCAAACAGGCGGUGGCGCUUGCUAAGCGGCGCGGCCAUGCACAGGUGACACCGCUGCAUGUAGCAACCACCAUGCUGGCGGCUUCCAGUGGUGUUUUACGUACUGCUUGCCUUCAGUCUCACUCCCAUCCUCUCCAAUGCAAAGCUCUAGAGCUUUGCUUUAACGUGGCGCUCAAUCGCCUCCCAGCUUCCUCACCGAGUCCCAUGUUAGGCGGCCCACCCCACCUUUCUCAACAAUAUCCGUCCAUUUCCAACGCGCUUGUGGCCGCCUUUAAGCGUGCUCAAGCUCACCAGAGGCGUGGCAUCGAAAACCAGCAGCAACCACUACUGGCUGUCAAAAUACAGCUGAAGCAGCUCGUAAUUUCCAUUUUAGAUGAUCCCAGUGUCAGUAGAGUUAUGAAAGAAGCUGGUUUUUUGAGCACUCAAGUGAAAAGCAAUGUGGAGAAAGCGGUUUCUUCAGAAUCAUGCUUUCAAAACUCUCCUACUCUAAAUAAGUCCAAAGAAAAUAACCUUCUAACCCUUUCUCCAUCUCCCACCAUUAGUCAAACCAUGGAAAAAACUAGAAAACCAAGUACUUCUGAACCAGUCGGAAACGAGGACGUUAACAGUGUAGUAGAAACUCUGGUGAACAGAAGAAAGAUAAGUAUUGUGAUAGUAGGCGAAUGUAUAACCAGUUUAGAAAGUAUAGUUCGAGGAGUGAUGCAAAGGGUUGACGAAGGAGGAGUUCCUGAAUAUCUUAGAGAAGUAAAAUUCAUAAGCAUCCCAUUUCAUUCUUUCUGUAAUCAGCACAGAGAAGUUGUUGAACAAAAGAUGGGAGAAUUGACUUGCCUUGUGAAGAGUCUUGUUGAAAAAGGAGUUGUUUUGUACUUAGGAGAUUUGAAAUGGAUUACUGAUUAUAGAGCCAAUUGUUGGGGACAAGAGACAAGCUACUACUGUCCUGUGGAGCACAUGAUCAUGGAAAUUGGAAGAUUGGUUUGUGGAAUUGGAGAAAUUGGUAAAUUUUGGCUCAUGGGAAUUGCAACCUUUCAUACUUUUACAAGGUGCAGAAGUGGGCAGUUUUCACUGGAAAAUAUCUGGGGUUUGCAUCCUGUUACAGUUCCUGGUAACAGUUUGCGCUUGAGUCUCAUUUCUGACAGUGAUAAAGAAACUGAAGCUAUAAACCAAGAUGCGGGAAAUGGAGGCCUUCAGCAACUGCUUAUAGAUGGAGAAGAAAAGCUCAAUUGCUGUGCAGAUUGUUCCGCAGAAUUCGACAAAGAAGCCAGAAACUUACGAACAAACACUUGGACCACUGAGCCCACAUUGUCAAGCUUGCCUCCUUGGCUCAGGAAUGAAAGCAGAAGAGUACUUGAUAGUAAUGUUCAGGACUGUCUCUCAUUGGGAGAACUCUGCAGCAAAUGGAAUGAAAUAUGUAAUUCAGUCCACAAGAAAUCUAAGGCAUUGGAAAGAACCCCAAGUUUCUCUUCUGCAUCAACUUCUCCAUCUAGUUCUUACUUUUCGUUCGAUUUACAGAAUCCAAGUUUGCAGGAAAUACCAUUCUCUCGACAAGCCUUUUCAUCUAAUCCUAAUUCUACCCCUAAUCCUGCUUCCUUAAGCGAUGUUAUGGACAGGGAUUAUGCGCAAAAGUUCAAGGUAUUCAAUGCUGAAAACUUGAAUUUUGUAUGCAAUGCAUUGGAGGAAAAAGUCCCAUGGCAGAAAGAAAUCAUUCCUGAAAUUGCUGGAAGCAUACUUCAAUGCAGGUCUGGAAUGUUAAGAAGAAAAGACAUGGUAAGAAGCAAUGAGGUUAAAGAAGAAACUUGGUUGUUCUUCCUAGGACUUGAUGCACAAGCUAAGGAAAAAGUUGCAAGAGAAUUGGCUAAAAUUAUUUUUGGCUCUUAUUCAAACUUUGUGUCCAUUCCAUUUAAUCGAUUUUCAUGUACAAGGUCAGACUCAACAGAUGAUUAUCGACAUAAACGAACAAGAGAUGAACAAAACAGUAACUACAUUGACAGAUUUUCUCAGGCCGUGUCUGCUAAUUCACACCGCGUUUUCUUGGUAGAAGAUUUGGAUCAGGCGGAUUACUUUUCUCAAAUCAGCAUAAAAAGGGCCAUUGAAAAAGGCAGAAUAACCAAUGAAAAUGGUGAAGAAGUUAGCCUUUGUGAUGCCAUUAUCAUAUUGAGUUGUGAUAGCUUCAACACUAGCUCAAGAGCAUCUUCACCUUCUACUAAGCAAAAAUCAGAUGGAUCAUUGCAGGAGGAAAAGGAAGAAAAAAGCCCUUGUGUUUCAUUGGACUUGAACAUUGGCUUUGAUGAUGAAAAUAUUGAAGAUAAUCAGUCCAUCGACGAUUUAAGGAUUCUUGAAAUUGUUGAUAAACGCAUAGUGUUCAAAAUUCAGGAGUUGUAG